AUGAGCGCCCCGUCUGUUAAUGGGCAUCAAGCUCAAGAGAUACCAAAUGACUCUGAUGGCUCUAUCCAGAAACGCCAGCGAGUUUUGGCGUGUACUUACUGUCAACAACGCAAGAUCAGAUGCAACCGCAUAUUUCCUUGUUCCAACUGUAUCAAGGCUAAUUUGACAUGCACACCGUCAAAACCGACUCCGGUGCGCAAAAGACGAACACCAAAUGUCCUGCUACAAGAGAGAAUCAAGAAGGUCGAGGCCUUACUGGAGCAGUAUACACUGCAAGGCUCGCCCGCCGACCCUACCUCUGCACCUACGCAUGAGUCUCUAGACCUUUCCCCUUCCGCGUCUCCCGCUCCUUCGAACGGGCUUUCGACCCCGGUCUCAUCCGGCCCUGGUAGACUUGUAGUCAAGAAUGGUGGCUACAAAUUUCUGGAUAGUAGGAUUUGGGGAACUAUCUACGACAACUUGGAGGAGAUGCGCCACAUUCUUGAUCAAGAGACCUCGGACGACGAAACAUGCCCUUCACGAGCCUCACCACCUACACACGAAGACGUCGACUUGCUUCUGGCUACAGCGUCAUCUUCAGAUAUCGGUGAUCACCUUCCUCUGCCAUUUCAAAUACUUCGAUUGUGGCAGGUAUUUCUGAAUAGAGUCAAUCCUCUGAGCAAGAUGAUACACGGCCCUAGCACGGAGCAGCUGAUCAUAAGUGCAAUGACAAAUCCUAUAGAUAUGCCGCAAAAGUCCAGAGCGUUGCUAUUUUCCAUCUGCCUCGUUUCUGUCGUUAGUCUUUCGAAGGAUGAAGCCAAAUCGAUGCUGGAUCUCCACAAGAACGAAGCCAUCCGACGAUUCACAGAUGGUCUGAAAACGGCACUGAACAAACUGAAUUAUUUGAGAAAUUACGACAUGCCGAUUCUACAAGCAUUGGUGCUCUACUUGAUCUCAUUACAAGGCCGCAGCAACCACGAUGCUGUCUGGGUACUAAGUGGUGCCGUUAUCAGAAUCGCUCACAAGAUGGGUGUCCAUCGUGACGGAGAAAAACUCGGCUUGACGCCGUUCGAAACUGAGAUCCGUCGCCGUGUGUGGUGGCAGAUUCUUGCACUUGAUUCAAUGUAUGCAGCAACCUCUGGGAUGCGGCCAACGUCGUUGCUUUCUGGGGCCGAUACCAAGAAGCCUCGGAAUAUCAGCGACAUAGACUUCUCCCCCGACUCGCUAUCCAUCCAGUCUCAGGAAGGUCCGACGGAAAUGGCAUUUGUCAUGGUCAUUUACGAGGUUAUUAGCUUCAUCUCGGAUCAUCACAUGUCCGACUUUGAACAGUUGCUUCUUGGGGGGCUAGGAGUUGAGCCAGGAACCCCAGAAGGCGAAGAAUAUCAGUCUUCGUUGCAGAAACUCCGCAGUCUAGUAGAUGAGUUUGACAACAGGCUAAGUGAGGUUGAGAAGAAAUAUUGUGAUCGUUCCGGAGGGCCAAUCCAUGCUCUGGCACUAUUUCUUCGCCCGCAUAUCAUGGAGGAAGGCCGAGUAAUGUGCACACCGAUGACAGAGGCCCCAGAAUGGGGUACUGAGCUUCAGAACCCCAAGGACAACUUCUUUCGCAUCUGGCUAGCCCACAACGAAGGCGCUAUCAAGAUGUACGAAAUGGCGAGCCAAGGAAACCUUGUUUGGGCCUUCAAAACCCACUUCCAUCUUGACUCACUUCUGUUUUUAGCCGGUCAACUUUUGGAGCGCUCACCAGUGGGACCCUUCGCCGAGCGCACGUGGCGACUGUUUGACAAUUUCUAUCGUUAUCAUGAGGAGUUAUGGGAUAUUACUCAUAAGCUCCAUCUCCAGUUGGCUAGGCUUCUGCUUCGAUCCUGGGAAAUCCGCGAACAAACACUCCAGGAGAUGGAAGCUGCUGUCGAUGUUCCUAUCUUUAUACCCAAGUUGAAGAUAGAGUUGUUGCAAGCUGGGCUAUUCAGGACAAGUCAGACCAUCCUACCAUCACAGCAGAUGAAUGGCGAUAAUCAAGGAGGGUAUGUCGAUAAUCCGCAGUUCGGCGACAACGCCCUGCCUGAUCUGAUGCAGAACCCGACAAUGCCGUUGGAAUGGUCUAUGAUGGACGAUCAACAGAUAAUGGAUGCGCAAAACCCAUCUCUUCCCCUCUUUGCGUUUUUUAAUAGCACCAAUGGCUGGUGA